GGUUUCGGUGGGCCGGAAGUUGAGAGCCGGUAUCUGGAGAUGUUGCUCCGCCUCCUACAGACCGGACUCCGCCGCCUCCCGCUCUCUGCGAACAGGUAUGUGGGGUUUGAUGUGCAUUUCUCAAACCUACAUCGUUCUCCAGUCUCUGAACCACUCCGGAUUUAUUCCCGUCUGCGAGAUGUCUUCAGACAACAACCCUUACGUUAUUCUUUCCGAUCCCUCAAUAAAGGAAGGGCACUGGCACUGCUGCUGGGCCCGACUGUGCUUUGUGUCGGAGGAAGAGUGGCACAGUGCCACGUGGACCUUAACCGACACCCAGAUGAAUCAGACAGAAUAUCAAAAGAGGCCGAGUUCGACUGGGGCGAGUUCUGGAAUCAUCUCCGUCCCCAGAUGAUUGCCCUGAUCACAGCAGUGCUUUUGGCAUUUGGCGCUGCGUUGCUGAACAUCCAAAUCCCUCUUAUUCUGGGUGAGCUUGUGAAUGUGGUAUCCCGCUUUGCCAGAGAGCAUGCUGACAACUACCUGCAGGAGAUUCGAGGUCCGGCUGGGAAAUUGCUGUAUCUAUACGGAGCCCAGGGCUUGUUGACCUGUGGGUAUAUUGUUCUCCUGUCUCGGGUUGGAGAGAGGGUCGCUGGGAGUAUGAGAAAAGCACUCUUCUUCUCCUUGCUCCGGCAGGAUGUGGCUUUCUUUGAUGAUCAGAAGACAGGACUCUUAGUAAACCGGCUAACGUCAGAUGUUCAGGAAUUCAAGUCCUCUUUUAAACAGGUCAUUUCCCAGGGGCUCAGAAACUGCACACAGACUGUUGGCUGCUUUGUGUCCCUGUACUAUAUCUCUCCAAAACUGACGGGAAUGCUGAUUGUGGUGAUGCCAAUCCUGGUGGGAGUUGGAGCUAUAAUAGGUUCCUUUCUACGUAGACUGUCAAGCCGUGCCCAGGAGCAGGUUGCAAAAGCCACAGGUAUGGCAGAUGAAGCCCUGGGGAACGUAAGAACUGUGAAAGCUUUCUCCAUGGAAAAAAGAGAGGUGGAGUUGUAUUCCGCAGAGGUGGAUCGGUCAUGCCAGUGUAAUGAGGCUCUGGGUGUGGGAAUCGCUGUCUUCCAAGGAUUAUCCAAUGUGGCCCUGAAUUGUAUUGUGUUAGGGACCAUCUUCGUUGGUGGCUCAUUAAUGGCUGGGAACGAGUUGUCCCCCGGAGAUCUCAUGUCUUUUCUGGUAGCAUCGCAGACAGUUCAGAGGUCCAUGGCUAACAUGUCUGUUCUAUUUGGCCAGGUGGUCCGGGGACUGAGUGCAGGAGGUCGUGUUUUCGAGUUUAUGAGUCUUGAGCCAGUGAUCCCUCUGAGUGGAGGCGAAAGGCUUGUUGAAUUAAAAGGUGAUGUGGAAUUCAAGGACAUCUCUUUCAGUUACCCCACUCGACCUGGCCAUGAUGUACUGAAACAUUUCUACCUUCGUAUUCCAGCGGGAAAGACUGUGGCGAUCGUCGGACAAUCUGGAGGGGGAAAGUCCACGGUGGCUGCACUCCUGGAGAGGUUUUACGACCCUAACCAGGGAGCGGUUCACCUGGAUGGAGUGGACAUUCGCAGUCUGGACCCAUCGUGGCUGCGAGGAGAAAUCAUUGGGUUCAUUAACCAGGAGCCCGUUCUGUUUGGGACGAGCAUCAUGGAGAACAUUCGAUUUGGGCGGCCAGACGCUACAGAUGAAGAAGUCUAUGAAGCCGCUAAACAGGCAAAUGCAGACGGCUUUAUCUGCAACUUUCCUAAUGGGUACAAGACGACGCUGGGAGAGCGCGGAGUGACACUUUCAGGGGGACAGAAGCAACGUGUAGCUAUUGCACGCGCUCUUUUAAAGGACCCAAGGAUCCUUAUAUUAGACGAAGCUACGAGCGCUCUCGACUCGGAGUCCGAACACGCCGUGCAGUUGGCGCUGGAUCGGGCCACCUCAGGCCGCACUGUACUGGUGAUUGCACAUCGGCUCAGCACCAUUGCGGAUGCUGAUAUCAUAGUUGUUCUGUCCGAGGGUUGUGUCGUUGAGAGCGGCAGCCAUCGUGAGCUACUGAAGAAGGGGGGUCUUUAUGCAGAACUGAUAAAACGACAAAAUCAGGAAUCCCAAUAAUUAGAAGUGACAAGAACAAAACUAAUCACAAGCAACAGCUUGGUAUAUCUUCACUAAACUACUGCCCAAGAAUAUAUUCCAGGUAAUAUCUGCCACAUUCCAUGCAAAGUACAGAGAGCAGAACAUCUACCAGCUAAUACCCUCCAAGUUCCACACCAAGACCAGACCGCAGACCAUCUACUGACUAAUAUCCUCCACAUUACACACCAAGAACAGACAGCAGAACAUCUACCAGCAAAUGCCCUCUGUGUUCCACACCAAGAACAGACAGCCGAAUAGCUACCAGCUAAUACCCUCUGUGUUCCACACCAAGAACAGACAGCAGACCAUCUACUGACUAAUAUCCUCCACAUUUCACACCAAGAACAGACAGCAGAACAGCUACCAGCAAAUACCCUCUGUGUUCCACACCAAGAACAGACAGCAGAACAUCUACCAGCUAAUAUCCUCCACGUUUCACACCAAGAACAGACAGCAGAACAUCUACCAGCUAAUAUCCUCCACAUUUCACACCAAGAACAGACAGCCGAAUAGCUACCAGCUAAUACACUCUGUGUUCCACACCAAGAACAGACAGCCGAAUAGCUACCAGCUAAUACCCUCUGUGUUCCACACCAAGAACAGACAGCAGGACAUCUACCAGCUAAUACCCUCUGUGUUCCACACCAAGAACAGACAGCAGAACAUCUACCAGCUAAUACCCUCUGUGUUCCACACCAAGAACAAACAGCAGAACAGCUACCAACUAAUAUCCUCCAUGUUUCACACCAAGAACAGACAGCCGAAUAGCUACCAGCUAAUACCCUCUGUGUUCCACACCAAGAACAAACAGCAGAACA